AGAGCAUUCCAAGCUCCUGCAGGCCCUGCCGAGUCAUCUUAACAGCACCUGGCAACCACAACACCAGGGGCCCGGCCCCGGCUUCCCAGCCCAGCCAUGGCCCAGGCCGAUGCUUCCCUGAGCCGCACACAGCUCCUCACCUCCGCCCCGAGGGCCGCCCUGCUCCUCAGCCUGGUCUUCACCUCCCUCCACUCAGCGCGCUGGGCAGAAGCCAGCAGUAGCAGCAACUUGACCUUGACUGCCCACCACCCAGACCCCGAGACCCUGGAACAAUGCCCCAAUGUGGACUUCUGCCCACAAGCAGCCCGGUGCUGCCGUACGGGCGUGGAUGAGUACGGCUGGAUCGCAGCCGCUGUUGGCUGGAGUCUCUGGUUUCUCACCCUCAUCCUGCUGUGUGUGGACAAACUGAUGAAGCUCACUCCAGAGGAGCCCAAGGACCUGCCGGCAUGAGCCCCCCUCCCUCCCUCCCUCCCUCCCUCCCUCCCUCCCUCCCUUCCUUCCUUCCUUCCUUCCCUCCCUCCUUCCUUCCUUCCUUCCUUCCCUCCCUCCCUCCUUCCUUCCCUCCUUCCUCAUGCUCUACCCCUAGCUCCCUUCUGCAGCAUUUAAAGGGAACGGAAGAAGGAGAGAGGCAGCCAGCCUUGCUUCAUGCUGGGCUCCAAGGGGCCCUUUACAGUCUGAGGGACUCAGUGCUGGAGGAAAGUUCUCAGCAAUCACUCUUGUUGUAUCUACAACUCUCUUCUGGGCACCCAGGGAGUACACAGGAAAUCUGACUUGGUCUUUCAGUCAGCAUAUCGCUGGCUCCCAUCUCUCCGCAAGCAUCCCUCACCCUCCUUCACCCCUAGCUACACCCAGUCCCUCCCCAUCUCAUUGCCUCUCCCAUUGCCGUGAAAUCCUCCCACUCUCUCCCACCCCCAACCCCCGGACCCUUGCUUGGCCUUCCUUGGACCGUGCCCAGGGAUGUUUCACUCUGUUCCAACUGUGCAUGGGUGGGGCAAAGGAUAUAGAUAGGAAUUUUCUAGACCUUCUAUUCAACUUUGCUGUGAACCUAAAAGUACUCUAUAAAAAUAAAAUCUUACCAUCUGA